AUGGCGCUGUCUUCUGAGAAGAUCAUCCAGUUUGGAGUCAUUGAACAAACACUGCUGGCGGCAGUGGCGUCCUCGUCAUUAGCCUUGGUGUUCGACCUGGAAGAUGACCCCACACCGUUCGUGAGACGACGAUUAGCCAAUGACUACGACGACCUCACAUUGUGCGCGCAGACACUGCUGGCGGCAGUGGCGUCCUCGUCAUUAGCCUUGGUGUUCGACCUGGAAGAUGACCCCACACCGUUCGUGAGACGACGAUUAGCCAAUGACUACGACGACCUCUACGACAGUGACAUCAUGGCAGCGGCGGCAGCAGCAGCAGCGAACGAUGACCUGAUGGGGUCAAACGGGCUCGGCUCCGUCGGCGACCAACCCGCCAUCGAGCACAGGAUGGGCUACAGGCGAGGAUACCGUGGCGGCAACAUUGUUCGCAAUGGCGGCGGCAGGCUUCGGCGGCCGCAGUUUGGCGGCGGCUUGAGCUUCUCUUCGUCGUCGCCGGUGGCUGUGCGGCCGGCGCCGUUGCGCCGACGCAAGAAGGAGCGGUCGCAAGUUCGGCGGCAGUCGACGCUCACGGGACUGCUCUCGCCCCUCGCGCUCAUGCGACGACUCGUCUCGCUCGCGACGCGACAAGCAUCGCGACGAAGAUCGCCGUCGCGGCGGCGGCGGCAGGACGUCGCGGAAAACGUCGUCGUCGUCCAAGGACCGACGGCGGAAGACUUCGUCCAGCAGCAGCAAGUCGGGCAAACGGUCGACGAGCAAGAAGAGCUCGUCCAGCUCGCGCUCCAAAUCGCGAACGGACAACUCCGGCUCGCGCCAGAAAGACUCUUCAACGUCGCGAAAAAAGAAAACGUCGUCGGGAAAGAAACAUCGAAGGACGGACUGAGGAACAGCGGCGUCGCUUUGAAGACGAAGACAAGUAAACCGGUGGCGGUUUGGUUCCCGCCGACGGACGACGAAGACGCCCGGAAGUGAUGAUGAUGAUGAUGAUCCAGCA